GGCACGUGUGCCCCCCUUCCCCUGCCCGCUUCCCCCCAAUUUCCCCUGCAAUUUCAUUCGCAUUUCGAUUCCCCCCACUCGGCUCCACGUCUCCACCCCAACCCCAACUGCCUCUCUCCCCACCCAUGGCGUCCCCCUCCCUCGCCGCCGCGGCCACCAGCCCCGCUUCCUCCCCGCUAACCCUAGACCCCAUCCCUCUCGCCUCCCGCCCCGCCACCGCCGCCGCCCCGCGCAAGCGGCCGGUCCUCCUCCUCGACCACCGCCCGCACCCCGCCUCCCCGACGCCCCCACUCGGCUCCGCCGCCGCCGCCGCUGCGGCCGCGGCCGCGCCCCAGGCGCGGAGGAGGAAGCCCCAUUCCUCGUCGUCCUCCGCGAGGCCGAGGUGGCAGACUGCGCUCAGCGUCGCCGCCAAGAACGUGGCCCUCCUCGCCGUGCUCCUCUACCUCGGCGACCUCGCCUGGCGCUGGUCACACCCGCCCCCUCCGCCGCCGCCCGACCGCGCCGCGCUCGAUGCCUACACCGCCCGCGUUGCCGAAGUCGAGGCCUCCCUCGCGCGCGCCUUCCGUAUGGUGCAGAUGCAGGUCGAGGCUGUCGACCGCAAGAUCGAAGGCGAGGUCGGCGCCGCCAGGGGUGAGCUCGCCGCGCUGCUGGAGGAGAAGCGGCUGGCGCUCGAGGGCCAGCUCACCCGACUCGACGCCAGGGCCGACGAGCUCGGCGACGCGCUGAGGGGGCUCAAGCGGAUGGAGUUCCUCAGGAAGGACGAGUUUGAAAAGUUCUGGGAUGAGGUGAAGGGUAGCCUGGGCUCGGGUUCCGGGAGCGAUGUCGAUCUGGACCAGGUCCGAGCGUUGGCGAGGGAGAUUGCGAUGUGGGAGAUUGAGAAGCAUGCCGCAGAUGGGAUCGGGAGGGUGGACUACGCCGUGGCCUCGGCUGGAGGAAGAGUUGUCCGCCACUCGGAAGCGUAUGUUGCUAAACGUGGUGGUAUCUUAAGUGGGUUGCUGGGUGGAGGUAAUGCAGACCCGCAGAAGAUGCUUCAGCCGAGCUUUGGGGAGCCUGGACAGUGCUUUGCCAUGCAGGGCAGCAGUGGGUUUGUGGAGAUCAAGCUCAAGAUUGGUAUAAUCCCUGAGGCAGUCACUCUCGAGCAUGUGUCCAAGGAUGUGGCGUACGACAGGUCUACAGCUCCAAAAGACUUCCAUGUCUCCGGAUGGUAUGAAGAGACACCCGGUGAAACCCAGUCAAGUCAUGCUGCAAAGAUGGCUGUCUUGACAGAGUUCACAUAUGACUUGGAGAAGAACAAUGUGCAGACAUUUGAUGUAACAGCCCCAGAUGUAGGCGUGAUCAAUAUGGUUCGGUUGGACUUCACUUCGAACCACGGAAGCUCAUUGCUGACAUGCAUCUACCGCGUUCGGGUGCACGGUCUUGAGCCAGUCUCUCCAGGAAGUGCAGGUUCUCAGGCCUGAGAAUGGGGGGAAGCCUUGUGUUCCUCUUCUAUACACGUUUUUUUGCUUUAGGGCUCUCUCGUUGUGCCCAUUCUACUUUGGGCCUAGGAUGUUGUCAUAUAUACACUGUAAAUCUAGCAAUUGUUGGGUAGCAUGUUCUAGUCCGGUGACAAAUGUUUAGUUUGUGCCGUCCAUGGAUGGUCAAUAUCAUUUUGUCCAGUAAUGUUGCCGGUACAUUUGGAAGGCUUGGAGCACGUCUUGAGAAAAAUGGUUCUGUUA